GUCACAAAAAACGCACCGUUUUGGAUAGUACAAAAUACAAUACAUACCAAGCUUCUGAGAGUCCGAGGAACACAGAACAACACUGGAAUGCAAUGGAAGAAGAGUCAGUGGAGACAAGGGGGCAAUCAGAGGUGGAGAAGGUGAUGAGUGAAGUACACUUGGGGUGCCCACCUGGUUUCUCUGGCCCUCAUAUUUCCUACUUCACCUUCUCCAUCCCACAACCUGGACCUGGAUUGAUUGAGCCCAGAAGCUCCAAUGACGUUUCCCAAGUUGAAGAAGCAACUACUUCCAUUUCCACACAGCAAAACAUAAGUUUUGACGAGGAUGGCGAUCUCAUUCUUCCUAGACGAAAAACCAAAUUAUCUAAUCAAAGCUAUAGCGUGACCAUCCAGCAUAGUAUCACAUCAACACUACCAAGUGUUGGUUUGCAGGUGUGGAGAGCAGAACUUGUCUUAUCUGAUUUUUUAUUGCAUAAGAUGUUUACAUCAUCCGAGCUUGAUGGAGUUGUAUCACUAGAACUUGGUGCUGGUACAGGGUUGGUGGGUAUACUACUAGCACGUGUUGCUAAAACAGUGUUUAUAACAGACCAAGGGAAUGAGAUUCUUGACAACUGUGCUAAAAAUGUUGAGCUUAAUCCUGAACUCAUCAGUCCUGGAACUACAGUCUAUGUACGUGAACUUGAUUGGAUGAAUCCCUGGCCCCCAAGAUUAACCAUAGAAGAAUCCUCCUUGGGUAAAACUAAAAGGUAUUCUUGGACCUUUUCAGAAAUUGAAAUAGCCCAUGAAGCUUCUUUGCUUGUAGCUGCAGAUGUAAUCUACAGUGAUGACUUGACAGAUGCAUUUUUCAGCACUUUAGAGAGACUAAUGUCUCUCGGUUCCGAAAAGGUCUUAUUCUUAGCUUUGGAAAAACGCUACAACUUUAGUCUUCAUGAUCUUGAUGUUGUUGCAAAUGGUUAUUUACAUUUCCGCAGUUAUUUGCAGUCGGGAGGGGAUUGUGAAGGCCUGAAAUGUGGUCCAAUGCCUUGCUUUGUGGGCAAAUGCAUAGACAUUACAGAGAUUCCGCAAUAUUUGAAAGAGUAUGUCAGAGGAAGUGAUGUUGAAAUUUGGGAAAUUAAGUAUAGCAAAAGAAAAUUCUAAUGUCUUUUCUGUGAAGUGAGGCCGGUUGAUGUAAACUGAAGUUUUACAUAUGCUUUUCCAAAACAGAAAUGGUACCCAACCUAGGCCUCCAUUCUUUUUCUGUCACUCCUCAAUCAAAAAAUAUCACGUGCUACGUGUAUGACUAAAUAAGGGAUUUAUCCUUCUUUUUUUCUUUAAGAAGAGAAAAAUCCAUUAAUAAUCAAAAGAUUACAUAAUUAGGAAUAUAUUAUCGAACUCUAAUCGGACAGAAGAAUAACUCACAUCCCCAACAAUGUAUCAGCGGUUACAACUGUCAUGAGCCAAGGAGGUCAUUACAAUAUCUUCUCUACUUCUUCAGUUCUUCCUCAUCGCCAUCAAUUCCAAUUGAAGCAUCCGGAGGUUUUGGAACAAGAAGCAAUUUAUAUCAAAGACAAUCAUGGUGGAGUGGUGGUGGUGGAGGGAGGGAGGGAGGGGGAAAGAAGAAGAUAAUUUUGUAGGAGGCAGCAGUUGUUGGGGAUGGAGCCAGAGGAAGAAUAAAAGGAUUUUAGAUGUUGGAAAAUAAGAAUAAAAAAGGAGAAAUUUGUUAGGCUAUGAUUGGAAAUGUCCGGCAAAAAAAAAAGAUUAGAAAUAAUGAGUGGCCGAACAUAUGCGGUCAGUCAAAUAUUGUACUUUUUUCUUGAUUGUUCAUGUGAUUAGAAUGAACUCUAGCUACCUUUUGAUGAAGUAUUUUGUGAGGAAAACUUAUUAGUGAGAUAUGAUCAAAACUGUGGC